UGAAACUGCGAAUCGAUGCGCUUGGCGUGAACGAGAGGAGAACUUUUAAUGUUGUAAUAUUUCGCUUUUUUUAUACGACCGUUAAACACCAACAAACUCCUGUAUAGUAUCCUCGCGGUUCCAAACUCCAAGAUGUUCAACAGACAGACGAGCCUGUGGAUGGGUGAUUUGGACCCAUACAUGGAUGAAAACUUCAUCAAGCAGGCUUUCAGUGCUAUGGGAGAAUCGCCGUUUGGAGUCAAGAUCAUCACUCACAGGAUAACAGGUGGUUCUGCAGGAUACUGCUUUGUGGAGCUGGCAGAUGAAGCAAGCGUCGACCGCUGUGUCCAAAGACUGAACGGAAAACUGGUUCCUGGAUCUAAUCCGCCCCGGAAGUUUAAGCUAAACUAUGCCACCUAUGGGAAACGGCCAGAGGCAGGGCCAGAAUUUUCAGUGUUUGUAGGCGACUUGGCCUCUGAGGUGGACGACUUCCAGCUGCACCAAGUUUUUAAGAAGUACCCUUCCUGCAAAGGAGCCAAAGUCGUCACAGACCAGUAUGGAUACUCCAGAGGCUACGGCUUUGUCAAGUUCGGGGAGGAGACCGAGCAGAAGAAGGCGAUCGAGGAGUGCCAGGGAACGAUGCUCGGCGGAAAGCCGCUCAGACUCAGCAUCGCUGUAGCAAAGAGCCAAAAGAUGAGCAGCUACCACGGGGGCCAGGGCCAGAAUUACCAUAGCAACUACAACCAGUCUCAGUCCAGUUACUACGGCAGCCAAAGCAGCGGGGGUCAGGGAGGUUACUACUCUCAGUGGGGGGGCUAUGACCAGUACAGUGGCUACAACAGCAGCGGCUACAACAGCGGUUACAACAGUGGCUACAACAGUGGCUACAACUAUAACUACGGGCCCUAUGGAUACCCCCCACCUGGCCACAUGAUGCCUCCACCUCCCAUGGGGAUGCCACCCAUGUCCACUGACAUGUCAGGAGCUGUAGAGCAGAGUCACGAGGAGACGGAAGAAAUGGAGGAUGAUAAUGCUGAAGAGCCCAUCCCUGAAUGUGACGUGGACCAGUGGAACAAAGACUUCAUGCAGCGCAGCGAGGAGCUCUACGACGCCAUGAUGAACUGUCAUUGGGAAACUCUGAACACCGUCGAUUCCCCCAUCCCCUCCCUCCCAUGAUAACUUUUUUUUUGUCUCUUCUGACCCCCCCACCCCUCCCCCCAACAAACCAGUGAAUAAUUUUUUUUAAUGAUUGUGUAAUCCCCAUAAUCUUGAUGAUUUAAAGCUACAUUGACGCCUUAUAAAGGCCUCUUCACUUCAGUCUCUGAACUUUAUCCAAGCCUGAACAAAGGCUGACAGUACUUGUUCCUCUUCAAAUACUUAAAGUGCAUAUAAGCAUUCACUUGAUUUUAAUGUUUACCAUGUUGGUAAUAUACAGAGAGUUACUGUGUAGUCCAUACUGUGUAGUAUGAACUCCUCUAUACACCAGAGCUAAAAGUUGAGGGAUGAAGUGCUGACGUUGCCUUCUCUGCUGUCGAUUGGCGCGGGUCAACGUUUUGCGUUUAAUGAUGUCACAGAGGAACAAACACCACUGUCAUUCAUUCAUGUUGAUCCACGCUGAACUGGUCACCAGCAAACGCUAACUUUGCUCUUUGAAUACGGCCCCAACUCUUUAGGAAGGGAGAGUCCUCUGAAGACAGAAAAUAAAACUAUGCCUUUAUCGUCAUCUGCCAUGUACUUCUACGAUAGUCAAUAGAUUUUUUUUUAUGUGUAAAUACAAGAUAUCGAUCUGUCUUGUCUUGUUCAUUUUUAAUGAAGGAUGAAUUUUCUUGUUUUUUUUUUUUCAUUUUUCUGAUAGAUGUAAUGAACUUUAUCUGGAAUGAUGAUGACGUGGAGUUUACCCAGCAACAGUCAGUCAGAAAUGUAAUUUAUCACUGUUUUUUUUCUGUGUAAUAGAUGAAUGGGACAACCUCUCAAUACUGCUGAGCGCCAGCAAACUGUAUGUCAUGGUUUUGUGAGGCCGACACAGCUGGUUUGCUGUAGCAGAUGUCCAGCUUUUUUCUUCCCUGCUGUCUGAUGGCUGAUGUUUUGUAUGUUUUCUUUCUGGAGACGUUCUAUCAAAAAAAUACAAUUUAAGAGGAAAA